AUCUGGCGUCAUCCAACACGUCGUCCGUACAUACGACUGAUACAAGUGAAUCUAAUUCCGUGAAAUCUCGGAAUGACAUAGAACAGACAUCAACCUCACAGGUCCAGACUCAACAAACUUCUACCAAUGACGUAACUUUGCAAGCAAAAAAGAAAAAGUUUGUGGUUGGCACCGACGACGGGAUCGAGGAAAAUAGCGAAGCCCAGGAGACAAAUUCACAAGAAACAGCGGAAUUAUCUAAUAAUGCAAAUGGGGUAGUUGAAAAUCAUCGAGAUACAAAAGUGAGAUUUUACAAACCUUAUCCCGCUGAAGAAGUAGCAAAGGUUGCGGAGGAAAGGAAAGCACAAAAAUUGUCACAGCAAAAACAAAUAGCUGAACCAUCGGUCCAAGAGACAGCUGAGGCGGAUGCCUGUACUAGUGAAUCGCCCCUUCCACCGGAAACAACGACCGCCGCCGCUAAUGCUGUAACUCCUGAGCAGAAAAAGCUAAACGCUGAGGGGGACACCGAAGCUACCAAUGAAGAAAUUAACCCCUCAAAUGUAGAGUCCUCCGCAUCACCUAGUAACGAACCAACUGUGAAAGAUGUGAUAAUACCGGAACCGUAUCCUCAACUUAUUGCACCUUCCAAUAGUCCUACUUUACGAUCUUCCGAUGAUACUCCAAUUGUUUCACCGUUUUCGAAAAUUCUAGACGCACCUCUUGUCACAAGUGAGAAUAUGAGAAAUCAUGCCAUCUUUUCUGAU